UAUUUCAAGUGAGGAUUGUUGAAUAAAAAAAAAAAAUUAUAAUAAUGAAAAAUAAAUGCAAGAAGGUGUUCACAAGUGUUUAAGUGAAGUUGGGGGGGUUGAUGUGUUGUAUGUAUCAGGUGAAGUGUGCUUCGUGGUAGUCAAAAAGAUUCUCAGACUGGCACGAACAAGUACCAUAGCUCAAUUUUUUUUUUCUUUUAUAUUAUUUUUUUUAAUUUUAUAACAAACUCCUGGAAAGCUUAUACAGUGAACUUUGAGUUAUUGUCUAUCUUAAUUUUUCAUUCUCUAAAAAAGGAAAAAAAAAUAGAAAAAAAAAAAAAAACUCCACAUAGUUUUUUAGUCAAAACGUUUUUGCCAUAUUUUACUUUUCCAUUUCUUAAUUCAUUUUUUUAUCUUUUAUAUUUUAUUUCCAGCUUUAGUUGUAAUUUUACAUUAUUAUUUUUUUUUUUUCACUGAAAGAAAUUUUAUAUUUUGGCUCUUGACUAUACCUCCGGGUGAAUUUUUUAAAAGGGGGUCUCAGUGAAUUUUGAGUAAGUGCCCUUCUCUGCAGCAGCAUAAUACUCACGUUCACAUAUAUUUCUUGUCUACCAUAUAUCGCAUAUUACUCAGACCCCCAUCAUUCCAUUUUAUUCACAUACAUGUGAACAAGCACCAUACAAACUCAAGUGUCAAUUUUCUUUUUUAUAUAUAUACAUAUAUUUUUCCCUUUGAAUUUCUACGCUCGAGGGAAUCAUGAUGAUCAUACAUGUACACACUUGAAACUCAGACGAAUUAUUUCGAUCGUGCUUUCUUAACAAGUGAGUGAAUUGUAAGUCAUUCUAACGCUUUGCAUUAAUAUUUUUUUUUUCUUUAUCCCGUGCAUAUAUCAUGAAAAAUAAAAAAUAAAUUUCAAGUGAAUUUUUUCCGUGUGUAAAGAACGAUGGUGUCAAUAAAAAGACAAAUGGAAAUUUAAAAAAUCAAGUAAUUUAUACACUUUUAUUUUUUCUUCAUGAGAAAUAAAAAUACAAGUUAUCAAUCGGGGAAAUGAGUUUGACGUGGACGAACAUGGACAAAAUUGAAAUUAAACGGAAGCUGAGGAUAUAUUCGGAAACGAACUUUGCAAUAUCCUUAAUUUAUUAAAAAUAAUGAAAAAAUAAAAAUUAAUUUCAUUCAAAAUAAAAUAAAUAAAUAUAUUUUAUAUUUUAAUGUGAUAAUUAAAUAUUUUAUAAAUUUUUUUUUUUUUAUUUUAUGCAACGUUGUGUUAUAAGUUUGAUUUUUUCUUUUUUUUCUUGGAAAAGUGUUUCUUUAUUUUUAUGAUGUUAGAGCCUUGAAUAGUGAGUGAACGAGUCAUGUCACGUGCUGAAAUUAUCUUGGCACGCUUCGUGCAAGCGUUACAAUAUUUUUUAUCAUUUUUUUUGAUAAUUUUAAUUGUAACAAAGUGUACAGUUAAUGCCAGUGAAUUUCCCGAGAGAGAAUGUUGUGAUCCAAUAUAUCCAAUACCAGAACCAACCAGUAAAGCACCCUCAGUACCAACACCAACUGGAAGAAGUGGAUCAAAUAUAAAAACAGCUGUGGCAAUAUUAAAUUGUCUUUUUGCUCGACAAUUGUGCUUUGAAGAUCCUUCUUGCAGUGCUAUUUUGGAAAUAAUACCACGUGUUUGUGGUGCUGAACUUGUGGCAUGUUCAACAGUGACUGUAGCAAAAUGUCAAGCAGCAUUAAAAACACUGCAAGCAUUUUCAUUUUUUCGACCAACAUGUCUUUGCAAGGAGCCUCACAUGGAUCCAGAAUGCAAUAGUUUUCAAAAUUUUCUAUUUGAUCAUCCUUGUAUAUACGUCAUGAAAAAAGACAAAGAUACAUAUCCAAUUGAUGCGUUGAUGACUUGUAAUCAUGCACUGAGUGUAUGCCAACGUGGGAAACCAUGCUUCAAACUUUUUGAGGAUUUUAAGUCAAGUUGCAAAACUCGUGAUGGUAAAUGCAGAAUGGAGAGUCGAGAGGCUUGCCAUGAUGCCUGGACACAAUUGAGAUUAUCACCAAUGUUUGGAUGUAUUUGUCCUGGAAAUCAAAUUAAAAAACGAUGUGACAAAAUAUUUUCUACAGUCAAUCAUAAUCCAUGCAUUGACUAUCUGCCUUCGUCCGUGUCGGUUGAUCUAUCGGGAACGGAUUCUGCCCUAUAUCCAUACGACCCCCAACAGGAGAACUUCCAAGAGAUCUGGUUGCCCCCAACCAGUAUGUAUCCCUAUUUUUUAUUCCCAGCGACAUCGCGUACCUAUAACGAUCCAAAUGACAAUGAUCGUCAUCGUCACGGUCAUUAUGGUUUACCAGAACAACCGGGUAUAUAUGGUACCAUUAAAAAUAAUCAAAAUAAUAAUUAUGAUACACAUCAAAAAAAAAUAACAGAUGUUAAUCAUAAUAAAUUAAAUAAUAUAAAUAAACAACAGCUAUAUUAUCCUGAUAAUAAAAAUAUAGGAUUAGAACGUGAUAAUAAUAAUUAUUAUCCUUUAUUAGUAUCUUCAUCAUCAGCUCCUUAUUAUUUUUCUACAAUAUCUACAAUAUUUUCUACCUCUUUACCAAAUUAUCCAAAGCAUGAACGUGAUCCUGUACAACGUCAAUCAAUUAAUCCUUAUGAGCAUGAUAAUAAAAAUAAUAUGCACAAUAAAUUAAUGCACAAUCGUCAUGAUAAUUAUAAUUAUCAUGACAAUUAUCCAAAUGCACCAUCCAACGUAGAAAACAACAAUGACCCAGCACAAUCAGCACACCAACAAUUUGGCACCAACGUAUUUGCACCAAGACCUAUCUUCAAUCGGAUUAAUGAAAAUGAUGAUGAUACAUUGAAGAAUUAUUAUGGUCUACCAAUUGAUCAACUAUUUAAUCUACGAAAAGCUUUUUAUGGCUUUGUUGACCAAGUGAAAAUAAUAUCAAAUCCUGAUAAUUCAACGAGUUAUGAAGUUAUGGAAUCACAACUUGAAAAUCCAUUAAUUGAUACGGAUCAUCAGGAUCUUUAUGCACUCAAACAAUUGGCAUUACCUGGUCUUCGUCAUCGGCCUUAUCAUCGUCAAAAUCACACUGAUAAUCAAGAUGAUUAUAUUAAUACUGGUAUUGAUACUGACAAAACAAUUUUCCAACCGAUGAAAUUGGUACUUACUAGUACAUGUCAUCAUGCCUAUCAACUGUGCAAAAAUGACUCCGAGUGUCAGGGACUUCUUCAACCAGUUCUAAAUCAAUGUGACCUGGCAAGCUGUUCUCGUAAUGAAUGCAUGAAUGCUCUCCAAAAUUUUUACAAGAAAGCCAACGAUUUGCACUCAAUGGAAAUUGCAUUUUGUCUCUGCAAAAAAACUCAGGACAAACAGGAUGAAUGCAUAACUGCUCAAGAAAAAAUGCAUCCAGUUUGUGCCCAAGGUCAUGAUCUUGUGGAAUUACCAACUUGUCAUAGUUUAGCUGAAGCUUGUCGUGAAGACAAAAUGUGCAGAAUAAAAUUGGAGCAUUAUGAGCAAAGUUGUGCUGUAGAUAGUAUGACAAAGAAGUGCGCCGGUCCACCAGCAGAUUGCAGACGAGCAAUGCUUGGUAUUCUAGGCACUGAGUUGAGGUCAAAUUGUGCUUGUAAAGGUACUGACCUAACGCAGCUUUAUGAUUGUCUUGGAUGGCAACGUUUACUCUGGGUCAAUCCAUGCGUGGUUGAAUCCCAGAAGGAUUUUCAUGCACGAAAAAAGCAUCAUCAUCAUAGUCAUUUAAAAACUACUACUUCAACAGAGGUAUGGAGUACGUCGGCAACAUUUAUCGCAACAACACCAACAAUUACAGAGACAGUAGACGAAGACAAUGUGAUACCGGAAGUUACAAAAAUACCAUCGUCUACAUUUGGAGAAAUAACUUCAAUUGUUGAUAGUAGUAGCAGUAGUAGUAGCAGCAUUAGUGCUAGUAGUAGUAGUAGCGGUAUUACAAUAAGUACUACUACAGCUACAACAACUGUUCGUUAUACAACACCAAGUACAACGACAACAAGCACAACACCACCACGUUUUUGCGUGGUUCAAAGGCCAAGGCAAAAUCACCAAUACAUACGUGAAGGCAAAGGAAAAAGGUUGUAUCGUGAAGAUGAACCAGAGUGUUCAGAGUUAUGUCAAUGUGGUGAAGGUGAAGUACUCGUAUGUAACACAAUUUGUGUUGAAUCAUCACCAUGUAAAACCAACUUUGCCUUUUACAAUCAUGCUGCACCAGCUUAUCAAGCUUAUCGUGGACGAUGUUUGUGUUACAGUGGUCGUUUUAUAUGCAUGCGACCAUCUCCUGACUCGUACAGUAUUCCACAUGGUGUUUUUAUGUUUUUGGGAUACAGUGAAACUGAUGAAAAUUUACUUAAAACACAUAAUAAUCAAACUGUGCUGGAUGCAGUUGAUUCACUUGAUCAUUUUAUCAGAGAUAAAUCAGGACAUAAUCAGACUGUGUGCACCCUUUUUCUUUAUAAUAUGACGAGGGAAAAUGUGAUUGCGGUUGCUCGUCUUGGUGGAGAUAAUCUAACAUCCAACAGCACUCCAGCAGAGACAUUGCGACAUCUGCUACGUAUAAAGGAGGAAUGUGGAGGAAGAUUGCAAGAUCUCAGUGAAAAAAUAAACAACAAACAUCAAGAGGUACAUACUCAUCCACUUUUAUCAAUAUUCAAAAUGGCAGAAGUUGAAGUUAAAUUACCUCCCCCAACAAGUGGAAAAUCCCAAAUGUCAUCUCAAUUAAUAUUGAUAACAGUAUCAAUAUUAAUUGUCAAAUUUAUUAAUUUAUUAACAAAUAAUCAAGUAUGUCAAAUAUCGUGACAACUAUUUUAAAUAAUUAAUUAAAUAUUAGAUUACAAUUGUUAUCUGAUAAAAAAAAAAACAAUUUGCACUCAUGAUUAUACUUUCUAGUAAAUGAAAAAAAAAAAAAUUAUAAUAAUUAUAGAUGAUGGUUAGUUAGUGGAGUGUAUAAAAUAAAAACUGUGAAAUAAGUAAUUAGAAAAAAAUUAAAAAAAAAUAUAUAUUUAAAUGAUAAUGUAUCGGGAAAACAAUACUGCUGAUGAAAAUCGAAAAAUAAUUUUAACGAGUUGUUUAAAUUAAAAAAGAAAAUAAAUUAAAAAAAUAUUUGGAUUGCUAGGGAAAAUAAAAAUGAAUAUUGUAAAAUAUUAAAUACAUAUCCGAGCUUUUUUUGAGAUUGAAAUAUAUAAGAGCUUUUUUUUUUGUUUUUUUUUUUUAAUUUUUUUUUUGUGAGAAGGGAAAAUGAGAGAAUCAAGGAAAAGUGUACUCGGCAUCGAGAUGGCUAAAUCGAGACUGAUCCUUGAAAGUAUAUAUCUACUUUUUAUUUAUUUUUUUUUUUUUUGAAUUGUCGUUAGGCAAAUUACCUCGAGAGGGUAGUCAUGUGAUAAUUUCACCCUCGUUCAACCAGAAAAUUUUGUUUAUCUUAUCUUCGUUAUUCUUCGACCUUGGUUAUCACUACCACUACUACCCUCAACGACUUUGUAAAAGUGUAAAAUAGGCUUGUGCUUUUUUGAUUUAAAAAGUAAUUUUUUUCUUUUUUUUUUCCUUCUUUCAAAAUCUUUUGUAUCGUGUGUAUUUUAUCGAAACAUUAUACCCCUGGUAAUUUACGUAAAUUUGUAAUUUAAAAAUGAAAAAAAAAAAUCUAAAAUGACAAAAAACAACUUUUUAAUGUAGAAAAAGAAUGAAAAAAUUUCACAAGGUUUUUUAAAAAUUUUUUUUUUAACUAAUUCUUAAAGUUUUUUCACGAACAAAGUUGUAAAUCUCGUGGAAAUGCGUUUUAGCCCAUGGCGUCGAUUCAGUUGGACCCGAGAUGAGUUAUUCGAUAGAAUUUCCCCAGAGUAUCUGUACGUGCCUGGGAAAAAUAAAAAAUCACAGUAAAAUACCGUUUAAAAAAUUUCAAAAUUUUUAUUUUGUACAAUUUUUUCAUUCGAUUUUGUUUAUUUAUUUAUUGUUAUAUGAAAUCAUUCAAAGCUGAAUUUAUAAAUUACAAUCAUCGAAUAUAAGGAGUAUUGCUAAUGUGAAAAAUAAUACACUAACAUCAUUGAAAAAUAUAAAAAAAAUAAAACUAAAUUUUAGUGUGUGAAAAUUAAAGUAAAUUUGAGAUAUAAUAUCUUGAAUUGCGUUAUGUUGUACAGAUAAAUAUAGAUUUUAAAAAUAUUGAAUAAUUAGAUAAAAAAAAGUAAUAAUAAAUUAACUAAAUUAUUAUUGAGUUAAUCCACACAUGAAAUAACAAAUUAAUUAAAAAUAUUUUGAUGAUUGUAAUUAUAAUUUUGCUCUAAAUUAUUUUAAUAUCAAAAUAUAAUCAAACAAUGUUCCUCAAACAAAUUCCAAUCACUUAUCAUUAAUAAAACAACAAUUAAAAAUUGUUGAAUAAAAAAAACGAGUGUAAAUAAAAUUUUAAAAAUGUUAAAACUGUAAAAAACACCAAAAAUUAUAAUAAUAAUAACGACAAUGUUGACAAAAUAAAAUAUUACAUAAUUAAUAAAAUGCAUUAAGAUAAUAAAAUAAGACAAACAUAGCAAAUAUCUACAAUAAUUCAAGUGUUGAAGAAAAAUAAAAAAUACAUCGAAAAGUAAAACUAUAAAUAUAGCAUGAAAAAACAAUAUAUCAUUGUUUAAUGGACAAGCAACAUUUUCCAUGUACAUAUAUCAAAGUAAGAAAAAAAAAAAAAAAAUGUAAAAUCCAAAAAGAUGAGCUUCGAAUUAGAUGAUCGAUAGCGUUGGUCAGCCACUCGUGAAUUCAUAAUGAUGCAUCAUUCGACAAGCAGCAAGUAUCUUGCACAAAAAAUAGUAAAAAAAAAAAAAAAAAUCAAAGAUGCCUGUCAAAGUAGAAAUUUCUUACAUCAGUCAGACAAAUUUUAAACUGAAAAUAAUUUGUUUUAUUAAGACUGAUUUAAAAAAAAAUGUUUAAAUAUGAUUUUAAUAAAUAAAAAUAAUCACAGAAUAGUUGUUAAUUAAUUUUUAUUGUAUUAUUUUUGAAUAAAUAAAAUUAUCAAUGUAUAAAUAAUUUAAGAUAACCAUGGUUACAUGUUAUCUCAUAAAGCUAAAAGUCUGGAUAAAUUAGAUUCAUGCGACACAGUGGCAUGUGUGACAUGGAUAUCAGAAAAGCAAUAAUGUCCAAAGUUUAUGAUGUUGAAUAAGCGAGGCAUGAUGACAACAAUACAAAGCCAAACCAACACACACACAAAUAAUAUACAGACAUAAAUAAAUAAUAUGAAGAAAAGUAAUAUCUAUAUUUUUAUCAUCAGCUUUUAGCUAUUUCAAAAAUAAAAAUACGAAAAAUUAUAUUUUUAUUUCAUCAAAGUAUAAUUUGUUGUUUAUUGACGUAUAAAAAAAAUAUUAUUGGCUAUAAAAUAAAAUCUAUAUACACAAAACUAAAUAAAUAAUGAGAAAAAAAAUAAAAUAAAUAUCAAUUUACAAUUGAAUUUUUGUGAGGGUAGAUUGUAUGCAGUUUAAAUUAAUUUUUUUUUAUUUUUAUUUGAAUAUUAUAUUUGUCAAUUUAGAGAGAUCAAUGUUGUGAGCAUGGAAUAAUGAUGAGCCAAACGAUUGACAUUUUGUAUAUAAUUUUUAAAAAUAGAAAAAGAAAUUUAAUAAAUCUGGGAGAAUUAUUUAUUGAUGUUUAUUUAUUUAUAUUUUUUUUCGGUUGUGUAAGCUUUAAAUUAAAAUCUCAAUCAUGGUUUGUUAAUUAUUUUAAAAUGCUGCUCAACAUACUAGCUAUCAGUAAAAUAUUUUUUAAAGUUUAUUUAAAAAAUUGUGGAAUAUUUAUUAUUGAUUUUAUUUUUUUGUAUUUUUAUUUAUUUAUUUUUAAAGCAAAGCAAUAAACUGGCAAAAAAAAUUUUAUCAGGUAUUAUCAAUGACACAAGGGUUGAGGGUUGACAAUAGGUCCUAUGUUUUUCAAAAUUGGAUAAAUAAAAAUAAACAAAAAAAUAUUUGUAACUGAUAAACGACCAUGAUAUCUGUGAAUAUUUUUGUUUUUAAAACUUCCGUUAACGCUUGUUGUGUAUUUUAAACUUUAUUAAAAUAUUUUAACUUUUUUUUAACUCCAAUAUAAAAUCAAAAUAGAAUAUUAAUAUUAUAAAAUUGAAUUUUUGCAUAUCAAAUAUCAUAUCAGUAUUUCUUUCUAAUUGAGUUUUUAAAAUAUAAAAUAUAAAAUGAUAAAUACCGUAACUGACAGAUGAAAUUCAUAUCACAUUUGACUGAUAAAAAUGACACUCGAUUUAAAAAAAUCAAGUUUUAAAAUAAAAUCUAAAGAUAAAUACAAUUUUGUUUUUCAAAAUAAUAAAAUUAACAGUACGAGUAUUUAUACUUUUUUUUCAAUUUAAAAAUAUCAUAACUAUUUUGACAAACUGUGUCAAAGUGUAUGAUAAAAUAAUAACCAUCUAAUAACUAAUUUAAACAUGAAAAAAAUAUAUAUUAUAAUGUUAAAGAAACACAUUUACGUGUCAGCGAAAAAACUUGAAUUUUUACUUGAAAAUAUCUUGAGAAAAAUAAUAAAAUGUACAAAAACACAUAAAAAAAAAAAAUCGAAGUCGAUGCUAAAAAGGGUCCAGAAUACAUUCAGGCGGAAUAAAGUUUAAUAAAUAGUAAAGAUAACAGUAAAGCUAUGGUCUUUUAAAUCAGAUUUUAGUGGUAUUUCUAUAUCACCUAGUUAUUUCGAUUCCAUCGUAACCCUUCACCAUGCAUAAUACCGUAAAAAAAUAUAAAAAAUAAAAAUCAAUAUCUUUUACAAUAAAAAAAUAAAAAAUAACAAGUAUUCAUAAUUUUUUUGUGAGAAUGAAAAAUGAUUUUCUUUAAAUUUUAUUUAUUUAUUUUUAUUUUAAGACUGCACGAUAGCGUGGAAUUUAUAAAAUAUGCUGACCUAGAUUGAUUUGGAUCAUUUAGUAAUAAAGUAUUUAAUUUGAUAAAUGCAAUUUUUAAAUUUUUGGAAAAAAAAAAAAUAAAUCAAAUUAAUUGAUGACUUAUUUUCAU